GUGACCCUGAUGUAGCAUCCCAUUGUAUUUGUUGACAUCUGUGUUGAAAAACGUCCACGGAAAACGUUUACCAAAUAAAUAUUUAAAGGAUAUUCAGGCUAAAAUACAGACAUGUCAGACAACGAGACAGAGAAGUUCGAGGUGACAGACUAUGACUUGGAGAAUGAGUUCAACACACACCGCCCUGGGAGAAGGAUAACAAAAGAACAGCAGAUCUAUGGUAUAUGGGCCAGUACUAGUGAUGGCGAAGAGGGCGACGACAAGGAUGCCCCGCCCCCAGCUGCAGUGCCUCGGGCCCGUGUGCUUCGGGGCGGCCUCAACUUUGUGCCCGGGGGUAUCCAACAGGCGGGAAAGAAAAAUGAAAAGGAUAAGGACAAGAAGGAGGAGGAGGAAGAUGAGGAGUCCGAGUCCGAAUGUGAUGAGGAAACCCCCCUGAAGAAGGACCUCCCCACAUCUUUUGGCAGCAAGAAACCAUCGUCAUACGCCUCCUUUAGCUCCUCAUCCUCCAAGAGAAAUGACAUAGCUGGCAUGCGUCGAGGAGGACCAGGGGGAGGGGGAAAUGCAAGCCUCUUGGGUAGCGGUCUAGGCGACUGGGAAAAGUACACAACAGGCAUCGGUAGCAAACUGCUCAAGAAGAUGGGUUUCGAGGAAGGAAAAGGCUUGGGUAAGAAUCUGCAGGGUAUUGCCACCCCUGUGGAAGCCAACAAGCGCAAGGGCAAGGGAGCCAUUGGUUUCUAUGGGUCGGAGAGGAGUGAGAGGUCCCUCAAGGACUUCCCCGUACAUGAUUCAGAUGAGGAGGAGAAGGAGAAGUUCAAGGAGCAGCUGCAGCAGUGGAAGAAGACCGGGAACAAGAAGAAGAUCAAGUAUGUGUACAAGAGUGCUGAGGAGGUGAUCCAGGAGGGAAAGUCCAAGAAGCUGAAGCCCACGGAUGACAGCCACAUCACCAAGACCAAGGUUAUUGAUAUGACAGGACCAGAGACCCGUGUGUUAAGCAGCUACCAUGCCAUUGCAGGCCAGAAGAGCAUUGUAGACGAGUAUGAAGAGGACAAGAAGAAAAGAUACGAGCAUUUUGACUUACCAGAAUUGCUGCAUAAUCUUCAGAUUCUGUUAGAGAAAUGUGAGGAUGACAUUGUUAGGAAUGCCAGAACACAGGAGAGAGAAAAUGACAGAAUUGUCCACCUAAACCAUGAAAGGGAAAGGUACGAGACUCUACUAGAAAGAGAGAAGAAGGAACUGGAGAGCCUAGACCAAGCCCUCACUCUUGUUGAGCGACUGGAAACUCGUCACAAAGAACAAACCCUCAGCCUGAGCGAGGCAGCAUCCAUCUUCACUGAGCUGAAGCGGGACUAUCCCAAGAUAUACAACACAUACGAGAUCCCCUACCUAGCACCCACAUACAUAACGCCCCUUCUGAAGGAGCUGCUCAGGACUUGGAAUCCGCUGGCUCAGCCUGCAGCACACAAGGACAUUUUUGCAACCUGGCAGAAGCUGGUGGACCUGGGAGGGGGCCAACAGCAACAACAGCCUGGAACAGACAUGCCUAUGGACCCUUACCACCAUCUUGUAUGGGAGACAUGGGCUGCAGCUGUGCGCUCCACUGUGAUGGGGCCCUGGGAGCCACGGGACUGUGGCCCACUCCUGGCUGUGCUAGAAGUUUGGAAUGUGCCACUUGUACCCGUGUGGAUUCAGGGACACUUACUUCAGCACGUUAUCUUGCCACGCAUCACCCGUGCAGUGCAUAACUGGAAUCCUAGGCAGGAUACUGUUCCUAUACACACAUGGCUUCAUCCCUGGCUGCCCUUGCUGGUGGAUCACCUCCAGUCUGUGUACCCAGUUAUCCGCCAGAAACUCUCAGCUGCCCUCGUUCACUGGCAUCCAUCAGACCGGUCAGCUAAAAUGGUGCUGCAGCCAUGGAAAAGAGUCUUCACUGACAUUUCAAUGACUAAUUUGAUUCAGUCUAAUAUCCAGCCCAAACUAGAAGCAGCAUUGAUGGAAAUGACCAUCACCCCCCACAGUCAAAAUUUAGAUCCGUGGCACUGGUUCCUUGAUUGGGAUGACCUUCUCACUGCCCAGAUUUCCAUUGACAUUCUGGAGCGAUGCUUCUUCCCUCGCUGGUACCAGGCUCUGGGCACAUGGCUCUCAGCCAAUCCUUCACAUACUGAUGUGCUUGCCUGGUAUAAAGGCUGGAGAGACCUCAUGCCCAAGAGUGUGGCUAACCACCUACAGGUCCGCCAAAAGUUCCAGCAAGCCCUGGAGGUUUGCAGUCGUGCUCUGAGCUACCAGCCAGGUGCAACAGAUCAAUUCAACCUCCUCUUGGCUGGCCUCGACAAACUGAGUGAGCCUCCUCCUCCCCCUCCUCCAGGUUCUCCUCCCAUUCAGUGCUCCAAGGACUGGGCAGACAUCAUCAACAGCGCACGCAGAGAGACACUCAGCAUGCGAGAGGUUGUGGAGAGAAGGUGCCAAGAGAGAGGCAUUGUAUUUGUACCACUGCCAGAGCGCAAGCAUGAAGGCAGACCUGUGUACAGGUGUGGCAAACUUAAUAUAUCAUUCAACAAAAAUGUCAUAUAUGUUCAUACAGAGAGAGGAUGGAUGCCCAAAAGCCUCACGACAUUACUGGAUGAUGCCUAGUUAUAUUUAUUGUAGGUAAGUCAUUGGUACCUUACUUUAUAGUAUAUAUAUUGUCCUAGAUUGUAAGGUGAAUUGUAUCUUUUAUCCAUGUUAACAUGUAAUUAAAUGUAAAAAAGAUUUA